AUGCGUCGAUUCAGUUCAGAGGGGUCUCUCUUGGACUUGGACAUUUUGCCCUGGAGAAGGGUAGAUUUAAGUGACAAAGGUUACUUUAGGGAGGAGGCUUCAGGAACCUUCACCCCACAUUCAGAAGAUGAUCUGGACGCUGGCCCUGCAUCUCUCCCCUCUACCCCAGCAGCCAAUGAUCCUGAAACCUCAGGCAGGUUUGGAAAGGGUGAGCUGAAAAAGGAGCAAAGUAUCAGUGUGGAGAAUGUUUGUGACUUGAAGAGGAACUCAGAUUUCCUUAGGGUCGUCGGACUCAACGAGAGCUUCCGGGCAUAUAGUGACAGUCAGUUGGCCCCUGGUACAACGGGCAGCACUGAAAGCGUGGGCAAGGAUGAUAUUCCGCCACCCUUUCCAUCUGCUACCAACUCCUUCAACCUCAAGCACCACCAUCACCGUCGACAGCAAGCCAGGGCUAAGCUUACGUCAGCCAAACUACACCUGAAAAGUCUCUUUGGACAGAGUCCUCAGUCAUCCCACACAAACCUUUUUGCUCCUGAAAAUAAAGAAAGAGAAAGCAGUGCUAAAGAGAGGCGGUCACGACUGCCUUUCUUCAGACAGUGGAGUCAGGUUGGCCACAGCAGGACCAAGCUCAGUCGUGAGGAGGUGGAGAAAUGGGCGGAAUCCCUCAACGCCCUGCUCCUCAGCCGCUCGGGUGUGGCAGUUUUUGGAGCAUUCCUGCGUUCUGAGUUCAGUGAGGAGAACCUGCAGUUCUAUCUAGCAUGUGAACAGUACAGACAAUCAUCUAACAACUUCAGCCUGCAGAGACGAGCUAAGGAUAUCUGUGCCACCUACAUCGUGCCUGGGGCACCCCGAGAGGUCAACCUGGACGGUAAGACUAGAGAGCUAACCAUGAGUCUCCUACAGGCUCCCUCACACGCCUCUCUCUCCCACGCCCAGAAACGCAUCUAUGCUUUGCUGGACACAGACUGUUACCCUCGUUUUCUACAGUCCGAAGUUUACCUCAAACUGCUCCGUGAGGCUGUUUAG